GCCUGACUGCCUAGGUACCUAUCCAGUGACGUUGCAGCCACAAGCGUCUUUACAAAGUACCCCAGUACGAACAACGCAGAAACGAAAUCCAAACUCCUGCCACCCACAUCGCUACCUUUACCGUACUCCUUAGCUGUUGCAACACUCCCCUUACUCGGCUAUGGCUGGCGCCAAAAAGAAAAAGAAGCCCGCCGCCAACCCGGCUAGAGGCUUCGCGACCACCUCCAUCGCAUCCAAGGCACGCCCCGAGACCGUUGAAGGAGCCGAAAACGAUGCAGAGAGCUCGUCGAACACACCCGUGGCCGCCGCGAAAUCCGCCGCUUCUUCGGCUGCUCCCCCUGCCGGCGGUCCGUUCUCCACCUCCAGCCUGACCGAAGGAGACACGAACGGGAACGGGAACGGGAAUGGGAAUGCUAAAGCCCUGACCGGCGACGAAUUCGCGCGACAACUGGAAGAGUCCGACCUGCAGCUUCUGGUCGAGAAAUACGGCCCGAAAGUCAGGCGGGAUGCCGCCCGACAACGGUCGCGGCUCGAAACCGACCGCCGCCUCCUCCGAGGCCAGGCCGAAUCCCUGAACAUCCGCCGGUGGCUCCCGCCCGAGCUGAUGAGCCAUAUUCUCGAUCUUGUCCAGGGCGAGUGUCGCUUUUCCUCGUCGAGCAUUUCGUCAGAAAAGUCCGGGAACGGCAGGAUGCUUCCCGAGGAAGACAUUGUUAUUCGGCUCUGGACCCUCAAGCAGACCCUUGAUGCCGCCGGCUUUCCCAGUGACCGCGUGCAAGCCGUCGUGCGUCACAUCCUCGACAUUUCACCCACGAUUCCCACCUCGGUCAAGGACGGUCUAUGGGGUUUGGAUGAGGCAAUGGACUGGUUGGCCAUAGAAUCCUCCCUCGACGAGUUGCCCAAAUACGAGACCCAGAGCAAGCCCAACCCGAAACCAACAGACACGCCCAUAGAUAGCCCGGCACCAUCUGGCACGGUAACGCCCGGGAACAUCGAACCGACUCUCCGUGGACAACCUGGGACCCGAGUCUCAGAACAGUCUCCGGCCCCCAACAAGAAGCCAGCAAUCACAUACAGCAGUGACAUAGAGCCGGACGACCUCAUCCCCACCUACCUGGACGCCAAAGAGAAACUCUUCAAACUGGAUCGCAGCCGCCAAGAAACCAAAAGGCAAGCGACAGAGCAAGACGAAGAACGUGACGACGAAGAGGCCGCGAAGCUCCGAGCUAAACUGGAACGGAUCGAAAAGGACGUCCUCUUCGACCACCCCCUCGCCGAACACCAGUGGAGGGCAAAGCGACCUGCGUUGGAGAAGGAACUGGCAGUCGAGAGAAGGCGGCGAGGAAAAGAAAAGACAGCCGCGACCCAGAAACAAACCGACUCGGCGGAACCAUUGGAACAGACCGAAGACCCCGGUGACGUGUCCGGGGGCGACGGGGGCGAGGUGAACGAGGAAGCCGAACGCAUAGCCGCGGAGAUCCUUGCGCAGGGCGAGGAAGAGGAUGACGGUGGGGGUAUUGCCGGCCUCUUCAACGACCUGCCCACCCAAGAGGUAGACAAGGAGACGGGGGCGACGAGCUUGGUGAUGAACGGGAGCGACGGCGUCAAGAUUACCAUUCGAGACUUUGGCAAAUGGGCUGGCAUCAGUCCGGUGAGGGCCCUGGAAGAAGCUUGUCGGUCGAGGGAUUCCUCCGUCAAACUGAGGUACACCCCCAUCUCCGACACCCCAUUUGCCGUUCGCCAUCAACUACACAUAUCCUGGGACAAGGCCCAGGACCUCCCCCCCUCGGCCGUGGAUCCCAACGUGUAUACGGCUCUGUCCCCCUACAGCUUCAAUUUCUCCAUGGAGUCCGUCGCCGCCCCCGACAAGAAGCAGUCGGAGGCCUACGUCGCGACAUGGGCCUUGUUUCACAUCUUUGGAACCUCGCCAAAGGAGGAGAAGGUCGGGAUGCGCCUACCCCCCGUCUGGCGCGAGCUCUGGACGGAGCUUGCCGACGGCAGGAAAAGCGCCUUGGACGCCGAGGACAGAGACGUCGUCAGGGAGCUACGGUCCCUGGUGCGACAGAGGCAGGACCAGGAGUUGGAGGACGGCGUUAUUCUGCAGUCCGCCUUUCGCGGCCGUGGAUCGGCCCGUAAUCUCAACGACACGAACCGCCACGGGUCCCAAGAAGCCGCAGCAGCAGCACGCGCCGAUGGAGCCCACGAGCUCUAUCGACGGAUCUGGUCCCAAAAGGCAUCCACUCAGGCGUAUCAGGCCAUGCUCCCGGGCCGGAUGCAGCUUCCCAUGUGGCAGUCUCGGCAACAGGUCAUGGACACCGUUGAUCGAGAACAGGUCGUCAUCAUCUGCGGCGAGACGGGGUGCGGCAAGAGUACCCAGGUCCCGUCAUUCCUCUUGGAGCAUCAGCUCUCCCAGGGGAAGCCCUGUAAGAUCUUCUGCACGGAACCGCGGAGGAUUUCCGCCAUCUCCCUCGCGCGCCGAGUGAGCCAGGAACUGGGCGAAGGCCGGAACGACCUGGGAACCCCGAGGUCACUCGUCGGCUACUCGAUCCGGCUGGAAUCCAACACGUCCAAGGAGACGAGGCUGGUCUAUGCCACCACCGGAGUCGUCAUGCGGAUGUUGGAAGGAUCCAAUGAUCUCCAAGAUAUCACGCAUGUGGUUCUUGACGAGGUGCACGAGCGGUCCAUUGACAGCGACUUUCUCCUCGUCGUCCUCAAGAAGCUCAUGCUGCGGCGGAAAGAUCUCAAGGUCGUCCUCAUGUCGGCUACAGUCGAUGCCGAGCGGUUUUCCAACUACUUCGGCGGCGCGCCUAUCAUAACUGUCCCGGGCCGCACUUUUCCUGUCACCGUGCGCUACUUGGAAGAUGCCGUCGAACUCACCGGCUACAGCCCCGGCCAGACGCCACGGGAGAAGAUAGUCGACCUCGACGACGAUCUCGAACCCGAAAGCGAAGGCCCCAGCACGACAACCUCCGCCUCCGGAGGCGGCGCCCUGGCCCAGUACUCGGCCAAGACAAGGAACACACUCGCCCAGUUUGACGAGUACCGGAUAGACUUCGACCUCAUCGUCCAAUUGAUCGACAAGGUGGCCUCGGACCCGGAUUAUAGCCCGUUCAGCAAAGCCGUCUUGGUGUUUUUGCCGGGCAUUGCGGAAAUGCGAACCCUGAACGACCUGCUUUCAGGCCACCCGUCGUUUUCCCAGAACUGGCUCAUCUAUCUCCUCCACUCCAGCAUCGCAACCGAGGACCAGGAGGCCGCGUUCCUCGUGCCUCCGCCGGGAACCCGCAAACUGGUCCUGGCCACCAACAUCGCCGAGACGGGCAUCACCAUCCCAGACGUGACCUGCGUCAUCGACACCGGCAAGCACCGGGAGAUGAGGUUCGACGAACGGAGGCAGCUCUCCCGGCUCCUCGACGCCUUUAUUUCGAGGGCGAACGCGAAACAGCGACGCGGUCGUGCCGGUCGAGUGCAGGAGGGGCUUUGCUUCCACCUCUUCACCAAGCACCGGCACGAUUUCCUCAUGAACGACCAGCAGACGCCCGAGAUGCUCCGUCUCUCGCUCCAGGACCUGGCCAUCCGGGUCAAGACGUGCAAAAUCGGCGGCAUCGAGGAGACCCUGGGCGAGGCUCUGGAUCCGCCCUCGGCCAAGAACAUCCGCCGAGCAGUCGAUGCCCUUAUCGACGUCCGCGCCCUGACGUCUUCCGAAGAACUGACGCCUCUCGGUCUCCAGUUGGCUCGCUUGCCCUUGGACGUCUUCCUCGGCAAGCUCGUCCUCAUGGGCACCGUUUUCAAAUGCUUGGACGCCGCCAUCACCAUCGCCGCCAUCCUAUCGUCCAAGUCGCCCUUUUCGGCACCCUUCGGACAGCGUGCCCAGGCCGACCUGGCACGCAAGGCAUUCCGUCGCGGCGACUCGGACCUCCUGACGGUGUAUAACGCCUAUCUUGCCUGGAAGCGCGUGUGCCAAUCCGCGAACGGCUCUGGCGGGAGCGAAUUCCAGUUCUGCAGGAAGAACUUCCUCAGCCCGCCGACCCUGUCCAAUAUCGAGGAUCUGAAGGGCCAAUUACUGGUGUCCGUGGCCGACUCCGGGUUUCUGUCUCUGACGGACGAGGAACGACGCACGCUGCGCCGGAUGCGCUACUCGUCCCAGUCGCAAAGGCGGCACCACUUCUUCGACGUGCCGCAGCGGGUCAACCUGCACAGCGAGAACGAUGCCGUCACCACGGCGGUCAUCUCGUGGAGCUUCUACCCCAAGUUGCUGGUGCGGGAUGCGCCGGGGAGCCGUGGCCUGCGGAACGUGGGCAACAACCAGUCCAUCAGCCUGCACCCGUCUUCUGUCAACAAGGGCCAUAACGACCUCAAGUGGCUUUCGUACUACCAUAUCAUGCAAGCCAAGACAGUCUAUCACGCCCACGAAACGACGGCCGUGGAUCCCUUUGCCGUGGCUCUGCUGAGCGGCGAAGCACGCGCCGAUAUGUUCGCCGGCGUGCUCGUCCUAGACGGCAACAAGGCCAGAUUCGCCCUGCCAGACUGGAAGACCAUGCUCGUGCUCAAGGUGCUUCGUACACGUCUUCGAGAGCUGCUCACCCGCGCAUUCAAGCAGCCCGGGAAAUUGCCCACUGCGCAACACGAGCGCUGGCUAGAAGUCUGGCAAAAGGUCUUCUCGCAGGAGCUGAACAAGGAGAACAAACCGAUCAUUGUAGCAAAGGCGUGACAACAACGAGAAGAAAAAAAAUAGAAGCCUCGUAGACGCAGCUGUCAAGCUGCCUUGUCUCUUUUUCUGACCCC